AUGGAAGUAACAAACAGGUACGUAGUGAUCAAACAUAACAUUGAUGGGGCACCACUGGAGUCUGAUUUUGAGCUCAGGACAGAAGCUCUUUCUUUAUGGAUUGAGCCCGGAAAAUAUGAUGUGAUCGUGAAGAAUCUGUACUUAUCAGUUGAUCCUUACCAACUGAACCGCAUGAAGAGCCCGGGUUGCUUUCAGCAGGAUAUGAACUUUGCAGGCGCCAUAAGCCCUGGCCAGAAAAUUAAUGGUGAUGGCAUCGGGAGAGUUGUCGCUUCUGGCAGUCCUGAAUUUAAAGAGGGUGACUUGGUCUCGUGGAACUGCAUGAGCUGGGGAGAGUACAGUAUCAUAAAAAUGAGCCCCAGCAAAAUGGAAGGGGCCAAGUUAAGGAAGAUAGAGAUGAUGGAAUUUCCACUUUCUUACCAUGUAGCCCUUCUAUCAUUGAGCGGGAUAACAGCUUAUGCUGGGUUUUUUGAGGUGUGCAAACCUAAGAAAGGAGAAAAACUAUUUGUCUCUGGUGCUUCAGGAUCAGUGGGAAGUUUAGUGGGGCAGUAUGCAAAGCUCUUUGGGUGCUAUGUUGUGGGCUGUGCUGGUAGCCAAAGAAAGGUAGACUUGCUCAAGGAGAAGCUUGGCUUCGAUGAAGCAUUCAACUACAAAGAAGAAACUGAUCUUAAGUCGGCUCUUAAAAGGUACUUCCCUGAUGGGAUUGACAUAUAUUUUGACAAUGUGGGAGGAGAGAUGCUAGAAGCAGCAAUUGAAAACAUGAACCCUUUUGGAAGAGUUGCUGUUUGUGGUGCUAUUUCCGAAUAUACUGACAAAGGGAGAAGGGGAGCUCCCAACAUGGUGAAUGUUGUGUACAAAAGGAUCACAAUUCAAGGAUUUCUAGCUGCUGAUCAUUACAAGAAAGUCUAUAAGGAUUUCCUUUCAACCACACUUGAGCACCUAUAUGGUGGGAGGUUGCAUGUUCUUGAAGACAUUUCACAUGGUGUGGAAAGCAUACCAUCUGCUUUUGCAGGACUUUUUCGAGGUGAUAAUGUUGGGAAAAAGAUGGUUGAGCUGCUUGCAGAUGAUUAAAUACUUAAAACAGUUUGGUUGCAUUAUAUUUGAGCAAAGUAAGUAAAGCAAGAUUAAUAAGUUGGGAGGUAAAUAAUUAAAAAAAAAAAAGGAAUCUACAUCUCAAGGCUUCCAUUGUCUUGUAACUAUUCUUGUAAUCACUAUGCCCUCUUUGGGAUCAUGAACCAAUCAUCUUUUCCUUUGAUUA